AUGAAAGUGAGCAGGGAUGCCGUCACCUACACUUCGGAGGGAGAGGCAGACUUCCGGGUGUGCCCCCCGCCACUCCCGCCUCCUGACAGAGCUGCAGUUCUGGCUUCCUGGUUUCUUUUAAGAGGAUCCGCAAAGGGCCUGAUUUCUUUUCGCCCGUUCUCCUUCAAGUUCAGGUGCCAUUGCACAAACGAAGCCAGGAAUCAAGUGAGAAAUAUGCAUUUAACCCGACUCUGGGUCACCCCCAUCACCAACAGGGAUCCUUGUAAAACAGUGUCAACCAGAUUUUUGGAAGUAUGUUCAAGAUUUUCCACUUUUCCCUAA